CUCAAAAAAUGCCAACAUGGCGGGGCGUUGUGGAAAAUAUGUGGAGCUCACGUCACUCGUACUUUAAAUCCGAUUUUCCCGUGACUCCGAGGCGUGAUCUGAACUGGAGAAGAACAAGAAGGAACCAAGGGCAGGGGAGUUCUCGCUGAAGGGCCGUUUUUGUCGUCUGCGGACCCAUGGAUCGCGCCGCCCGCCGUGAACUCAUUGAAACUAUUGAACAACAGAAGGAGCGAAUCGCAAGGCUUGAAAACAGGCUCAGAGAUGUUGUUACUGCAUACAAGGGUCUUGCAAAAGAAAAAGAGGCUCUAGAGGCCAGCAUCAAGGUUCUGACUGUACAGAGGACACAGCAUGUGGAGAGGACAGCAGCUGGUACUGAUGACUCUUCUGAGACAGCAUCAGAGGCGAGUGGGGAUGCCACAAACACAGGAGAUGGUGGGGCGGAGUCGUUUGUCGAUCCCCUUAAUGCCACUGGACAGGCUGAAUCUACGUCUGCAAACCAGGAUGAGAUUCUUCACCUUAAAGAACAGCUGGGUACACUGACCAACGCCCUGGCAACCGUUACCGACCAGAAAUCUCAGAUGGAGGCCAGCUUCCAGGCCGACAAGAAACUCAUCAGGCAAGAGAAUGAGAACAGCAAGAAGCUGGCAGAGGAGACACAGCAGAGGCUGGAGGAACAGCUGGCAGAGGCAGAGGAACAGCUCAGUCAGGCCAAGUCCCGUAUCCGUAGUCAGCAGCAGGAGAGGGAGAAGGAACAGACGGACCAUGCCAUGAUGCUGAGGGAACUACAGAAGGUCCUGUCUGAUGAACGGGCUUCCAAGGAACAGUUAGAACAGGAGCUCUUUGAGACAAAGCUGAAAUUAGAAGAGAAGAAGGCCACACCUGACCUUUCUAUAGAGUAUGAACAGAAGAUGCAGGACCUGUCUACAGAGAUGGAGAGUCUGCAGUGCCGUCUGCAGGCUGCGGAGACUGAGGCAGCCAAGCCUGCACCCCUGCUGCUGCAGCUGCAGGAGGAGAUGGCUGAGAUGAGGGUCCAUCACAGACUGCAGAUCCAGCAGGAACAGACCAGAGCUAACGAGGCAGAGACCAGACUGAAGCAGCUGGAGGCGGAGCGGGAGGCCCGGGUCGCUAACCUGGAGGCCAAGCUGGCCGAGCUGUCCGUCGUGGUUGGGAACUACGACAAGAUCAGACAACAGGACCAGGAAGCCAUGGAAAAACUGAAGGAGAGGAUUGCACAGCUGGACAUGGAGAACACUGCCCUGGCCAGAGUAGCCAACAACAAAGUCCAGAGUGACGACCCAGACGACUCCAAUCUGGAUGUCCAUGCCUUGAAGGAGAAGAUCCUGAAGCUGAUUGGUCUGAUGAAGAUCGCCAACGAGAGAUCUGACCAACCACUGCCCCCAGAAGACCUGUACACCUUCAUGAACCCUGGAGGAGAUGACUCAGACCCAGGGUCUCCUGUGUCCCACGACAAGUGUCAGCAGGAGUACAGGCAGCUCAAGGACGAGUUUGAGAGAUAUAAGAUGAGAGCACAGUCUGUUCUCAAGAACAAAAAUGCCAAGGACAGUUCUGUAGGGAAGGAGAUUGAGACCCUGCGCAGUCAGCUACAGGAGCUGAGAGAGAAACACAUCGCACUCAGGCAGUACUGUGACGAACAGGAACUCAAGGAUAAACAGAAGGUUGAAGACCUGGAGGCCAGGAUAGCUAGAAUAAAGAAUGAACAUAAAAAGGAGCUGGAUAAAGCAGAAGAGGAAUACAGGCAAAGAGCGGCCAAACUGGAGACAGAGAUGCACAAGCAGCGGGACAGAACCAUCGAGCUGCUGGCUGAGAAGGAGAAGGAGAUCCAGACCCUCCAGCUCCGCUCACACAGCCCUGUCACUCCAUACAUGUUCAGUAACCAGAGUGAAGGCAGUGCCCACAGUGCCUCCCCGAGAGACGGGAGGUCUGACGCAGGAGUUGAUGAUGAUGAUGACAUCAGGUCUGAGCACUCCGACACUGUGUCUGAACUACUGGUCAGACCUCACUUCACUCCGCUCAUGCCCAGUCCAGGAGAGGGGACCAUCGUGCACUAUGCGGAACAGCUGGCACGGAAUGAGGUGGAGCUGUCUGCUGUCCGCAAACAGAAACACCACCUGGAGGCCAGCAUCCACCAGCUGCAGGAAGAGAUAGCCACCAAGGAGGAGAAGUAUCAGGACCAGAUACAGGCACUUAAGAGAGAGGUGGACAGACUAGAAAGGAACAGGUCUCGAGAGAGUGCCAACCUUGAAUACCUGAAGAACGUUGUUCUACGUUACAUGACGACGAGUGACUACGCUGCCAAGGACCAGAUGUUCAAGGCUAUUGCCACCAUCCUGCAGUUCACAUCUCAGGAGAGGACCAAAGUGACGAAAUUCAACACCAGUUGGUGGUACGGGUCUCCUCGAAAAUAGCUUUAGUGUAGAGGUCAUGGGGUAGGUACUAAAGUAAGGUGAGGUACUGUACACACAGCUGAUGUAGGGUGCAGGUAGCAGCAGGGAGGGGCUUGGAGAUGGGCAUACAUUGUACUCUCCAAGCAGAGGUUGGUGGGGAAGACUGUGACCUUUCUAACAUGUGCCCUGCUUUCUGUCUCCACUGGGGAAAUAUAUUGUGUAGAGUAGCAACAGAAAGCGGGGAAUAUUAUGAUAGAAAGGUCACAAUCUUCCCCACCAACCUCUGCUUGGAGAGUACAUACAUCAUACAGCGUUUCCCCUGCUUUGGUACACAAGCCUGGUGUUGAAGCUACUGAGAUGUGCAAUAAUUGUGCUAAAAGUGUAACUUGAAAGGUGUAAAAUGUGUGAUGGUGAUGUCUAAAGAGGGCUUGAAAUGGUGAGCAGGAGCAUUACUGGUAUGCUACACUAGAUUACACUAGAUGUGCCAAAUGCACUCUUUCUGUGCGAAAUAGUUCUCUUGUGCCAUGUUGCCUUUCCCAUAUGGCAGAUCCUCAGAAAGUGAGUAGCCAAAUGCCUUUCUCGAACAUCAAGUACAAACAGGCUCCUGGUGACCAUCUCUAACCUUUUGCAGACUGCCUAGAAUGGCAGCAGCCUGUUCACAUGUCCGUCACAUCAGUUGUGUGAGUGGUGCCGUCAUGUGAUAGUCACAAAGCAAGACUCAAAGCAAGUGGACAACACAACAAGCCUUGUGCCAUCAUGAUAGUUGUAGCCAGCCCAGAUAUGCUCUACUUUACUGAACAUGUAGCAUCUUCCACAAAAACUGGUCUUGGAGA